AUGACGAGCACCAACGCCUCGCAGGGGGAGAGGAUCUUCGACGGCCUCGAGCUCCCCGCCUCGGGCGACUUCCACGUGCACCUGCGCGACGGCGAGAUGAUGGCCGCGGUGGCGCCAUUGGUUGUGAAGGGCGGCGUCGAUACCGUUUUUGUCAUGCCUAACCUGAUCCCACCCAUCACGACCGUGGGACAGGCGGUUGUGUACCAGCAGGAAAUAGCGAAGUAUACGGGCCCCCAGCAGAUUCGGACUCUGAUGUCUUUGUACUUACACCCAUCGAUCACGCCGGAGACGAUCAGAGAAGCAAAGAAAUCAGGUGUCGUGUUUGGCGUCAAAUCGUAUCCAGCAGGGGUAACGACGAAUUCUGCGUCUGGCGUGGUCAACUACGAACAGUUCUACCCGGUGUUCAAGGCCAUGGAGGAGGAGGAUCUCGUGCUCAAUCUCCACGGCGAAGCGCCGCCCGCUGAUGAUAUCACGGUACUUAACGCCGAAGAGGCUUUUCUACCUACUCUGUUUGAUCUACACGCACGAUUUCCCAGAUUGCGAAUUGUUCUGGAGCAUUGCACUACCACAGCAGCAGUCGAGGCUGUUGCAAAAUGUGGAGCCAACGUUGUUGCGACCAUUACACCCCACCACAUGUUCCUCAUCAUAGAUGAUGUUGUCGGCGAUCCGAUCAACUUUUGCAAACCGGUUGCUAAGCUCCCAAGUGACCGGAUCGCAUUACUCAAGGCUGCUACGAGCGGGAAUCCCAAAUACUUCCUGGGAACGGACUCGGCGCCGCAUAUGUUGGGAGCGAAGAUGGGAGGGAUGGACAUGCACCAUGUCGGAAAAUGUGCAGCAGGCGUAUUCACUCAGCCCUACGCGACACAGCUGGUGCUCGAAGUGUUUGAAGCUGCCGUUGGCAAGGGAGUCAUCAAACAGGAGCAAUUAUCCAAGACUGUGCUUGAAGGCUUUUUGGGUGAAUUUGGGCGCAAAUUCUAUCGCAUUGAGCCGAGUGGUAUGAGACUCAAGGUUUCCGCAAGAGACGAGCAAGUGGUCUCUACCCUUCAAGUGGGAAUGCCUGGCGCGAACAGUAAUGGUAAAGUGAUCAUCCCAUUCCGACAGAAUAGUCCAAUCUACUCGUUGGAUUGGUUGUCCUGA